UUGCAAUUUGCAUCUCCCCCCCCCCCCACUCUACUACUGUACCCACUUUCUCUCUCCUCUCUCUCUCUCUCUCUCACACACACACACACACACACACACGCACAAAUACAUCAUCCUUUAAUAUUCUUCUUCCUCAUACAUUGGAGGAGAAUUUGUUUACAGCGGAUGAGCACUUACAGCUACUUUUCUCCACUCGUAUAUAUUUUUCUUUUCCAUCCACCAUUUGGGGAAGUUAUAAUUUUCCGAAAUGUUCGAGAAAUUUGAAGAGAGGGAUGAUGAGUUUGCCAAGCUUAUUAGGAGGAUUAAUCCACCCAGGGUUGUAAUCGAUAAUGACUCCUGUGAGGAUGCAACUAUAGUACAGGUUGACAGUGUCAAUAAGCAUGGAAUUUUGCUCCAAGUUGUCCAAGUUCUGACAGACCUGAAUCUCGUGAUUAAGAAAGCUUACAUUUCAUCUGAUGGAGGAUGGUUCAUGGAUGUGUUUAACGUGAUCGAUCAGGAUGGAAAUAAAAUUAGAGAUCAAGAGCUCAUCAGCUAUAUCCAAAGGAGGCUCGAAGAGGAUGACGAUUUUGUACCUUCUUCGAAAGGAGUAGUUGGAUUAGUGCCUUCUGAAGAGCAUACCUGCAUCGAACUAACAGGAAUAGACAGGCCGGGUUUACUGUCUGAAGUGUGCGCUGUCCUUACUGAUCUCCGCUGUAAUGUGGUGAAUGCUGAGAUAUGGACCCACAAUGCUCGAGCUGCAGCUGUGGUUCAUGUAACUGAUGAUAUCACUGGCUGUGCAAUUGAAGACCCUAAGCGCCUUGCCACGAUAAAGGAGUUGCUCUGCAAUGUUCUUAAAGGAAACAGUGAUCUUAACACUGCAAAAAUGACACUUUCCCCUCCUGGAGGAGUUACCCACAGGGAAAGAAGAUUACACCAGAUUAUGUUUGCUGAUCGAGACUAUGUAAGGGUCGAGAGACCAGAAGGGGGUGCCAAGAAGUCCAGGCCUCAUGUAACUGUAGCAGAUUGUACCGAAAAAGAUUACACAGUCAUCACCAUGAGGUCGAAGGAUCGGCCCAAGCUGUUGUUUGAUACUGUCUGCACUCUUACUGACAUGCAGUAUGUCGUCUUUCAUGGGGUGGUCCACACGGGGAGGAUGGAAGCGUAUCAGGAAUAUUAUAUCCGUCAUGUGGAUGGGGUUCCUGUUAGCUCAGAAGCUGAACGAGAACGUGUUGUGCAGUGUCUAGAAGCAGCCAUUGAAAGGCGAGGCUCAGAGGGCCUGGAGUUGGAACUAUGCGCGGAGGACAGAGUUGGACUUUUAUCUGAUAUCACAAGGGUAUUUAGGGAAAAUAGUCUCUGUAUCAAAAGAGCAGAGAUCUCUACAAAGGGUGGGAAAGCCAGGGACACAUUCUAUGUCACGGAUGUGACUGGCAGCCCCGUUGACCCUAAGACAGUUGACUCCAUAUGCAGGCAAAUUGGACAAGGUAUUUUGCAUGUCAAAUGGAACUCAAAUUCUUCCCCAAAAAAACCGGAGGAGAAAACAAUUCGUUUCCUUUUCGGAAGCUUCUUUAAAGCUCACGCUUCUCCAAAUAUCUAGAUGUAUCCUACUCUUCACUUUACUCCUCUGUUUACAUAAUCCUCUGUGGGAGCUCUGCAUAUUUGAUGAUAUCCUACCGGGGGUGAAAAUAUAUAGAUGAUGACGAAUACCAUCGAUAUAGGAAAACCAGCCCCAUAUUGUAAAUAUGUUUAAAGGGUUUUAGUCUUGUACAUAGGGUUGUCUGUAAGUAAAAUGUGUAGUUCUAUAGAACCAAACUGUGUAUAUGUACAUGAGUAAUCUUGUACAGCUAUGGAGUAUUUUGUAAAUAUUACAAGCAUACGUUGUGGAUAGAUAUGGUACGCGUAUGUCCAAUGUUUGC